AUGGACAACUUUUCAAAAUCGGCAAGAGAAGAUACAAGUACGAUUAGUGCGGCAAAACUGCAAGGGAUAAAGCAAGUCGGCGGUGGUAUCCAGGAAACAACAGGAGCCACCAGAGGAAACCCCCCUCCAGGAGAGGCAGGCACAGGGAUUAAUACAAAUGCGAAGUGGCUAGCAUCUUUGAAAUUGUCAGAUGCUAUUGCACUCUGGGAAUUGUUUAAAUCUCGAGUUGAAUUGCAUCCAAAGCAUCGCUUGUCGCCCGCACAGGUGCUUACAUUGACCUCUCUCAGGGCCGCGGACAUUGAGACGGUUAGGACUGGACAAUGGUACUUUGGCCUGGUUACAUGUGAAGUUGCAGAUAUCGGUUCGCAACGCCAGCAUCCUCGAUGGCAGGUUCGAUUAGACCAGGGCGUAUUGUCGGUGGGUGGCUGCUGGCAAGGGGCUACAGGUAUCGCAGAGAGAUUUCGGGAUGCGUCGCCCUUGGGAUUCGAAGGGCGGCAAUGA